AUCUAUAGGAAGGACUUAUGUAUAAUACACAUAAAUAUAUGUUCUAUUAAGAAACAUUUUUCAGAGCUUUUAGUUGCUAUAAAUAAUUCUUUAAAUCAUAUAGAUAUUCUAGUACUAACUGAGCCAAACAUUAACUUUUCAUUAUUGUCAUUUUAUAACAUUCCUGGAUUCGAUCUUAAUGUACAUACGCGUAAUGAGAGAAGAGGUGGCGGGGUGUUGGUAUAUUCGCGCACGAGGCUGUCCGCGCGCGCGAGCGAGACGCCUAUAUUCGCGGAUCACGAGCGGGCGGCGGAGUUUGUUUCCAUUGUGUGCGAUUGGCAAGGUGAGCAAAUCCACGUUAUUUCUAUUUAUAGACCACCAAGGUAUAAUAAUCAAAAUAAAAUAAAAGAAUUUCUUACCUACUUUUAUAAACUUUUACAGUCUUUACCUACUAAUGCAAAAGUAAUUAUAUGUGGAGAUUUAAACAUAAACUUGUUAAAAAAUAAUGAUACUUAUGUGAAGUUUUAUGAAGAUAUAUUGGCUGAAAAUGGAUACUUAAAAUGCAUUAAUGAUGUAACGAGAAGGGAAAUUUUAAAUGGUAAAUUAGUAGAAUCAUGUUUGGACCACAUUUUUAUUAAGUCACCAACAGCACUUAUUGAUUCAGCAGUAAUAAAACAUAAAAUUUCAGACCACUAUUUAGUUGCGGCCGCGAUACAAUGGAAACAAACUCGGCGAGCUAACAGUGUAAGUACCACAGUUAGCGCCUGCGCCGCGACUGCUAGAGGAGUGGGGUCGCGGCCGCGCGCGCACGUCACUGCGCAGGCGGCCGCGGCACCGCAUCCUAUACGUGCGAACCAACAACGCGUACUUGAUAAUCGAUUAGUAAGAGAAAAACUAUUAGAAACCGAUUUCGAACAUCUGUUAUGUUAUGAUUGCCCACUUAAACUGUACGAAGAACUCGCCAAAUUGUUUAGUAAUAUUUACAACCAAUGUUAUAAAUUAAAAAAUACAUCAGGAAAUAGGGAUACAAGAAAUGAAAAACCUUGGAUUAAUGAUAAAAUAAAAUAUAUGGUUAAAGAAAAAGAUAGAUUAUUUAAGAUAUGGUGCAGCGAUACAAAGAAUAUGAUAAAGCGUCUAAAUUAUACUAGAUAUAGAAAUAAAUGUCAGAAAGUAAUUUUUAGAAGUAACGUUGAGUAUGAUAAAAAGACUAUAAUAGACUGUAAUAAUAAUAUUAAAAAAAUAUGGGAUAAAAUUAAUGCUUUAUUAGGUAACAAAAAGCAAUCAUUGGACGAGUUGAUCCUUAAUAAUAUGAAAAAUAACGGAAGUAUAGAUGUCAUAUGUAACGAAUUUGCGAACACAUUUUCCAAUGAAAUCAAACAGAUAAAGCAUUCAUGUGAUCAAAAAUGGUUAGAUAGAAAUAGUUAUAUUAAUCCAUCGAGCGUGUUUAUGAGGUGGCAACCGGUUGACAGUAAUGAUGUUAAAAAAAUUAUAGAUAAAAUGGAUAAAAAUAAAUCGCCAGGAAGCGACCUUGUACGCAUGUCCGAUUUGAAACUAAUUGUUGAUAAGAUUAGCCCUGUUUUAGCAAAAUUAAUAAACUUGUCUGUGAAAAAUAAAAAAUUUCCUACUAAAUUAAAAGAAGCCAUAAUACGUCCAAUCCAUAAAAGAGGGAAUAAAAAGGUAUAUUCCAAUUUCAGACCAAUAGCAAUAUUAUCAGCUAUCGACAAAAUAAUAGAAAAAAGUAUAGUUAAUCAAAUUGGUACCUAUUUACAAAAAAACAAUAUUCUUAAUGAAUGUCAACACGGUUUUCAGAAACAGAAAAGUACAAAUACGCUAUUAUCUAAAUUUACGGACGAUAUUAAUACACAUUUAGAAAACAAAAAAAUUGUUGUAGCUGUUUUUUAUGACUUUAAGAAGGCAUUUGAAACCCUAGAUAUGGAUACCCUCUUGAAGGGCAUGGAGGAAUGCGGAUUGGGACAGCCGCUGAACCAAUGGUUCAGCGACUACCUUACUGGACGCUCUUAUAGAGUGAAGGUCGGAGACACGCUAAGUGACGAAAAAUUAGUCGAUUGCGGCGUCCCGCAGGGGUCGGGGUGUGGUCCUGUCUGUUACCUGAUGCACGUUAACGGCCUCUGCGGAGCGCUGCAGCACUGCUCCGCGUACAUGUUCGCCGACGACCUGUGCACGCUGAGCGCAGGAACAGACCUUGCCGAGACGUGCCGUUUAGUCCAGCGGGACGUAGACGCGGUGGUGAAAUGGUCACAUGAUAAUGGCAUCAUUUUAAAUACAGAAAAAACGAAAUUGCUUAUAAUUCACUCACCUCAUCUCCGCCCCGUGGAAUCUCCGCCUCCGUUAUUUGCUCAUAGUUUCGAAUGCUUCCAUGAUAAUAAUUUAGAUUGCAAAUGUACACCUAUUGAAAAUGUCAGUUCUGUAACUUACCUGGGUGUCAAAAUAGACACUAAAUUUUCCUGGGAAUCCCAUAUAGAUUAUAUAUGUAAUAAAUUAAGAAUACUACUAGGAAAAUUUUAUCACCUAUGUUUUAAAGUACCUACAUCAGUAUUGAAAUGUUUAUACUUCGCCUUAGUCGAUUCUAUAUUGGGAUACGCUCUUGAUUGCUAUGGACUAACUUUCAAAACUUACAUCGAUAGAUUAGAAGCACUACAAAUCAGAUUCUUAAAACUAUUAGUCAACAGAAAAACAAAAAUUCAUUGUAAAGGAGAUUAUACUAAAUUAUUUAAAAUAUGCAAAAUCUUACCAGUAAGCUUAAAACAUAAAUACCUUUUGGCAGUUAAUAACCAUGGCAAACGGGAUCUCAGCUUAGCGUUGAUUAGACAUGGGCGUGGCACUAGGUCAGUAACCACAGGCAAAUAUAAGGUCCCCAGAGUAAACAAUUACUUUGGAGAUAGAACUUUAAAAAAACGUUUACCGUAUCUUCUUAAUAGUUUACCUGAAAAUAUCAGACUGGAACCACGCUUAUGCCGAUUCAAGAAUAUGUUAAAAAAAUAUUUACUCGAAUCACUGUAAUUCUUUUGAUCUUAUAAGAUAGUUUAUGAUUUAAGUACCUACAUAUAAGUAUAAAUGAGACUAUUACCUGCAGUCAAACCGCGUAAGCAGUUUUGCAGGA